AUGUCGCCGAAUAAAAGUGUCGCGGUCAUCGGUACUGGCCCUGCUGGUGCCAUUGCAGUCGAUGCGCUAGUGCAGGAGAAAUGCUUCGACGUUGUGCGCGUGUUUGAACGGCAAGAAAAGGCUGGCGGAUGCUGGGUGUCAAGAGAGAAUGAGAAACCGGUCCCUCUGGACAUCGACAAUCUUUCUGCGAGGACUGCAGAUAGGCCGGUUUCAAUCCCCGCCAAUCUGCCCCGAUAUGUUCCCACAGUGUCUCAGCACCGCUACUUUGACUCUCAUGUCUACCCCACUCUGCACGCCAAUGUGGCUGCCUCGGUCAUGGAGUACUCGCAGGAGCAGAUUCCGGAUAUCCUUUCCGACUGGUCUGUUAAGAUCCACGGCCCCGACACGCCGUUCCGUCACCACACGGUGAUAAGGCAGUACAUCGAGGAUCUCUUGAACCGAAACGGAUAUCAAGACCUUGUGGAGUACAACACGACUGUUGAGCGGGCAGAAAAGGACCCCCAAACCGGUAAAUGGACUCUAACUCUGCGACGCGCCGGCGAGCCGAAUGGCUUGGAUUACUGGUGGACGGAAACCUUCGACGCUCUGGUGGUUGCCUCCGGACACUAUGCAGUGCCAUAUGUCCCUGCCAUCAAAGGAUUGAAGGAAUUCGCAGAGAAGUACCCCGGCAGUGUUGAGCACACAAAACAGUACCGAGGACCUGAAAAGUACAAGGGCAAGCGGGUAAUUACCGUCGGAGCCUCCGUCUCCGCUGCAGACACCGCUGUGAGUCUGGUAAACCAUGCAAAGGGCCCCAUUAUUGCCGUUGUGCGCGGAAAGUACAACACCUACUUUGGCGACGAGGCGUUCAAGCACCCUCAAAUUGAGCGCCGCCCGCCCAUUUCGCAUAUUACCACCGAAAACGGGGAGCGGACGGUGCACUUCGAGGACGGGACGUCAGUAUCAGAUGUCGACCACAUCAUCUUUGGCACUGGCUUCACAUGGACGCUGCCAUUCUUACCUGAUGUCCCGAUCCGAAACAACCGUAUACCGGAUCUCUAUCUGCACGUGUUCCAUCAGCGGGAUCCCUCCCUGGUGUUCUUAGGAGCGGUUGGCGCCGGGUUGACUUUCAAGGUCUUCGAAUGGCAAGCCGUGGCCGCCGCGCGCGUUCUGGCCGGAAAGGCACAUCUGCCAUCUCUGGAAGAACAGCGGAGGUGGGAACAGGAUCGCAUCGCAAAGAAGGGCGACGGUCCGGGAUUCUUGAUGAUAAAUCCCGACUUUGAGACGUAUUUCGAACAACUUCGACAGCUCGCAGGCGAGCCAGCCGAGGGAGAACCAGGACGGAUACUGCCGCCGUUCGAGCAGAAGUGGGUGGAUGAUUUUAAUGCUGGACAUGAACGGCGGAUCCGCAUGUGGAAGAAGGCCAAUGAGGCUGGGCGAGCGAGCAAGUUAUAG